AUGCCAGGCCCAGCGGUCCAAGAACAACUACAACCCUCUGAGCUUGCGUCGACAUCGACAUCGACAUCGACACCGCUGCCCCAUGGAUCCGAACACGUCGCCCUCAUCGGCGUCGGCGCCAUCGGCAUCUCCUUCCUGGCACUGCACUUGACCUACACGGCCGCGCGGGUGUCGGUGUUCGACCCGCGCCCGGACCUGCAGGAACAUGUCGCUGCUAUUUUGCCGUUAUAUUUGCCGUCACCAUCGUCGACCACAGGUGCAUCGUCGGCGUCGGCGUCGGCGUCGGCAUCGGCAUCAGGUGGUCUCGAGGCCGAGGGUGGGGAGCUCUCGGUCGAAAAGCUCGUCUCGUCCGGCCGGCUGAGGUUCUGCUCGACGCUGCGUGAGGCGGUACAAAACGCGACGAUCGUGCAGGAACAAGGGCCUGAGAAUCUGUCGUUUAAGCAAAGGACGUGGUCUGAGGUGCUGCGCCAUGUGAGCCCCCAAACGCACCUGUGGAGUUCGACCAGCGGGAUCCCGGCGAGCCAACAGCUCAAGCACCUCACUACCACCAGCACCGAGACGACAGCCAGUGGUCCCAGUCCCACGACGGCAACCGUACCCAGCGACAGCGACCUUUCAGAGGAAACCAAGUCCUCAGCACACUCUCGCCUCCUAAUCGUCCACCCCUUCAACCCCCCUCACCUGAUGCCUCUUCUCGAAAUCGUCCCCUCCCCACAUACAUCCCCUACCUCCACCGGAUUCGCCAGAACCUACUUCUCCCAACUCUCCUCCGUGCACCGGCCCAUCACGAUCGCGCGCGAGACCGCCGGCUUCGUCGCCAACCGCCUCGCCUUCAUCCUGUUCCGCGAGGCGUGCCACCUGGUCCGGUCGGGCGUGUGCACGGUGGCGGAUAUGGACGAGAUCGUGCGCGCCAGUCUGGGUCCGCGGUGGGCCGUCGCGGGUCCGUUCAAGAUGUACAACUUUGGCGGCGGGGCGCGGGGCAUGGCGGGGUUUUUGGACAAUAUCGGCGAGAGUAUUGAUGGCGUUUGGAGGGAUGCGGGGGAGUUGAGCAUGGAUGAUGACGAGUGGAAAGAUGCCGUUAUAAAACAAUGCGCCCAGGCAUAUGGUGUGCCCAGCCCGGAGGAUAUUAGGAAGAGGGAUAGGGGAUUGAAGGCUGUUGUGAGGGUUCAGGAUGAGUUGGAGCAGGAGCAGGGACAGGGACAGGGACAAAAACUGCCAUGA